AUGACCGAGACUCUUGGUGACCUGCGGUGGUUGGCUGGGUGGCGGAGAUCGCGGAAACGAGUAGUUAAUGGUGAAGCUAAAAGAGAUGAAGUAGUAGAGGUCGCGACUAUGAUGAUGGUGCGAUUAUCUUGUAUUGAUGGGGAUAAGGGAAAGGGAGGAGGGUUUUGUUGCCGGAGAAAGGGGAUGGAUGAAGGGGAGAGUGUGGAGAUUAAGGUCGUGACUAGCCCUUUUGUUGAUGUCUCCCUCUCAAUUGUUGAAUAA